AUGGCCACCUAUGCAGUCGACCGAUUCUCCGAGGCGAAUUUUAAGAGAUUCCAGAACAAAUGUGUAGAGGAGGUAGGAUAGACUCAAAAUCCGAUAAUGAAACCGUUAAUAUUUGCUGGCAGAUCAAAAAUUUGCACACAGAAAUCGGACGUUUGAAAGUGGAGAAUGAGGAAUUGAAAAAGGAGGCCGAGAACUCGCCGUCUUCCAAUAAAAUUGUCAGUUUUUUUUUUAAUUUUUAGCUGAACCUUCCUAGAGAAACCCUUCUUUUUUGUCCAGAUCUCGAAUCUCCGUGCUGAAAUUCGUCGUCUGAAACGGGAGAGGGCGGCUCUUCAAGGACGACUCAAUAUCGCGCGCAUGUACACGAAAAUGAGUGAGGAGGAGCGAAGAAUGCAGAGAAACGAGGUGGAUCAUCUGGAAUCGGAGCUCAAAGAUCUGAAACAAGCGGAGACGGAUCUGGUGGCUCGGCAAAGUGCGCAAAUUGCAGAGCUUUUGAGGAGUACGGUAUCGGUUCGGGAGCACGAACAGAUUGUGAGUUGGAAAUAGUUGGUACAGGUGUUUAUCAACAUUUUAGCACUUUAUCAAAUGCUUUCAUGACCGCUUGAAACUGAAAUUCAUUUUAGUUUCUCACUAACUUCUUUUUGCUAUAGUUGUCACGGACCACGCACGGAAAGAAUUGAGAUAAUUGAGGCAAAUUUUCGAUUCCAAAAGGAAAAAAAUUCUGUAAUUUUCACAUAAAACGUUUCGAAAUUGCUGACGAAGCAGUUAACAUUUCAUUUUUUAUUCAUUUCUAAUCAUUAUCAUAAGAUUUGACACUGAUUGGUUCUGAAAAGAUGGGCAUAAUGCAAAAAAAGGGAAAAUUUAAAUGAGAAACUCUACAACGACGCUCCGGAAUUACGCGUUACGCGCCUUGUUUAGCGCACUUGAAUUGCGCCAAGGGAAUUUUUUAUUGGAAGGCUGGGGUUCCGUGCCUAGAAAACCGUUCCAAAUGUUUCCUCAUUUUUCGGUUUCAUCUUCAGUUUCAACUAACCUAGUCGAUUAGAAUAAAAUCUCACGGUCCGAUUCCAGGUAUCCGAACUCAGGGACCGGAUCACUGAACACUCGGUGCUCCGAACUCAAAUCCACGUGGCACAACAACAACUCGGCCUGGAGCCGCAUGAACCGGAAAUGGAGAAAACGACGAAUGCGAAGAGUGGAAUCGAGAACGAAUGUAACGAAAUGAGACAGAAAGUGGACAAGUGGAAGCGUCGAUUCGGAUGCACACUUCUUUUCUCUGUGGCUCUUGGAACAUGUGCUCAUUUCGGAUCGAAUGUUUCUUGGUAUUGCGACUAA